AUGCAGCGCGCAAGUGUUCAAUCGACGAGUCCCCUGUCGACGGAGGAUUCGAGAUGGCUCACGCUCAACUUGGUGGCGUGGACAGACGAAGAGGGCAAGAGUCGUACCUGGGAGAUGAUUGCACGCAAGACGAAAUCCAAAACGGGAGUGGACGCUGUGUUCAUGCUUGCUCUUUUACGGUUACCUGAAACGAGUGAUGGCAAAGUGGUCCCAUGGACAAUCCUCGUCGAGCAGUUUCGUCCACCCAUUGGCACUUAUGUCGUCGAGUUUCCCGCGGGACUCGUCGAUGAAGAAGACAAGAGUGCCGAGGAUGCAGCUAUCCGCGAGUUAUACGAGGAAACGGGCUUCAAGGCUUCAAAGGUGCUCAAGACCUCGUCCGCCUUGGCCUCUUCACCGGCCAUGUCCUCGUCGAGAACAAAGCUUGUCUCACUGCAGGUCGACUUGACGGCAGAGGACGUUGAUGAACGCGGAAACGUGCGCCUUCCAAAGCAGAACCUUGACGAAGGUGAACACAUUACUCGCCGUAUUGUUCGACUGGACACACUCAAGGACGUGUUGGACGAGUACGAACAGAGUGGAUUUAUCAUUGAGACGCGUCUGUACGCAUUUGCAGUUGGGUAUUCUCUGUUGUCGGAGUUGUGA